AUGCACACCAUCUGUUUUCUACAGCCUGUUACCCUCAUCACGAUUCUUCUCGUCUUAUUUGUGUCUCAUAGCCUUUACGUGCGCUUCCGCCCUGGGUUGAGACAAUUACCGGGUCCACGUCUUGCAGCAUACUCAAGGCUUUGGAAUCUUUUAACUGCGUCGCGCGGGGAUGCACACGAAACUUUCCAAAAACUCCAUCAAAAGUAUGGAAAGGUUGUCAGGACCGGGCCUAAUCAUGUUGCUAUUGCGGAUCCGACCAUGAUUCCUGUUAUCUAUGGGACGAACAAUAAGUUUUUGAAGACUGACUUCUACCAACCUUUCAGCACCCCCUACAGAGGUGAAACAAUGCACAGCAUGUUCUCAACUCCCGAUCCCGUCCAGCACAAGGCGUUAAAGCAAGCUGUCUCUAAUAAAUACUCUCUCUCCGCUCUACGAGAAUUCGAACCCAAGGUCAACGAAUGCACGAACAUUUUCGUGUCAAACAUGCGUGAAUACGCUUCUUGCAACCAGAUUGUGGACUUUAAUGCAUGGCUGCAGUGGUAUGCCUUCGAUGUCAUUGGUGCCAUUAGCUUCAAUCGCCGGUUUGGGUUUAUGGACGAGCGAAGGGAUGUGCGGGAUAUCAUUGCGGGUAUUGAGGCCGGUUUAUGGUAUGGGUGUAUUAUUGGACAAGUACCGGAGUUCCAUCCUUGGUUACUUGGGAAUAAUCUCGCACGAGUAUGUACUAAAACUAAAAUAUCUCCACAGAUGGUAGAAGAUGCCAUUGAGAGGUACGACAGUGAAGGCGGCGGGGGAGACAGAAAUGAUUUCCUUGCGUGGUUUAGAAAAGAAGGGGAGAAGUCGCCAGACAGGAUGCCUCACCGCGAUCUAAUGAAUCACUUGAUGAAUAACCUGCAAGAUAGACUAGCCGGGAGUGACACCACUGCCAUUUCCCUCCGAGCCAUCUUCUACUAUCUGAUCAAGAACCCUCGAUGCUACCAAAAACUUCUCGAAGAGCUCGAUGCCGCUGAACACGAAGGCCGAGCCUCAGCCAACGUAACAGUGACCGAGAGUUUCCAAAUGCCAUACCUGCAAGCAUGCAUGAAAGAAGCCAUGCGCCUCCACCCAGGUGUCGGAUUUCCUCUCGAGCGCUACGUGCCCAAAGGGGGACUCGUAGUCGGUGAUGUCUUGCUCCCCGAAGGCACGAUCGUAGGCAUGAAUGCAUGGGUCAUCCACCAUGAUAAGACGAUCUAUGGCGAGGAUGCGGAUAUGUUUCGGCCGGAGCGGUGGAUGGAUGCGGAAUCUGAAAAGCUGCGAAUAAUGGAGAAGUGCUUUUUAUCCUUUGGAGCCGGCACAAGGACUUGUAUUGGAAAAAACAUCUCGAUCAUGGAGAUGGGCAUGCUGGUGCCGCAAGUCCUGAGGAAUUUUGAAAUUGAGUGGGCUGGACAAAAGAAGGAGUGGAGUAUCAAGAGUUACUGGUUUGCGAAACAGUCAGGGUUGCAUGUACGGCUUCGGCCACGGCAAAAGGGGCGCGCUUGA